AUGAACGGAAUCAAGGUAGAUAUAAACCAUUUGAAAAAAGGUGAAGUCAAUUUAGGUACUUCGAUCAUGGCUGUCACUUUCAAAGAUGGUGUAAUUUUGGGAGCCGAUUCACGAACUACAACAGGAUCAUACAUUGCCAACAGAGUCACUGACAAACUAACACAGAUACACGACACCAUCUACUGUUGUCGUUCAGGCUCGGCUGCUGACACUCAAGCAGUUGCCGAUAUGGUCAAAUACUAUUUACAAAUUUAUUCCUCACAAUUACCCAAUGGACAGAAACCAACUACAAACAUAGCUGCCAACGUGUUCCAAGAGAUUUGCUAUAACAACAAGGAUAACUUGACUGCAGGUAUUAUAUGUGCUGGAUACGAUGACAAGUAUGGUGGGUCAGUGUACUCCAUCCCCAUUGGUGGAUCUAUACAUAAACAAGAUUACGCCAUUGCUGGUAGUGGAUCGACUUUCAUUUACGGGUGGUGUAAUGAAAACUACAAACCAAAUAUGGAGAAGGAUGAAACUAUUGACUUCAUAAAGACUGCUUUGGCUGAAGCCAUCAAAUGGGAUGGUUCUUCUGGUGGGGUGAUUAGAAUGGUUAUAUUGACGAAAAAGGGGGUUGAGAGGUUGAUUUUUUACCCUGAUGAGUAUGGAGUAUUGACACAGAGGAGUGAAUAA